CUAAUCAGCGUCCUGACUGGAAUUUAUCACUAACUAGUCUAACCAUUGUAUAAAUAAUCCUGAUUGCACUCAGAGUGGCUAGGUAUUGUGAGCACGCUUCUGUUCCCCAUCUCGUUUACUUUCUCUGUUUCGAUGUGUCUUUUAAAGCAUUUGAGUGUUCUGCUUGUGCUGCUUUCACCAUUGAUCUUGGAGGCAGCCGGGCCGAUCCGUUGCUUGCCCUGCACCGAUGAAAGGUUGGCGCACUGCCCGCCCGUGGAUAAUACAUGCACCGAAGAGAUGGUGAGGGAGCCAGGUUGCGGCUGCUGCCAGAUGUGUGCACUGUCUAGAGGCCAACCUUGUGGAGUGUACACGGCACGCUGUGGGAUCGGGCUCCGCUGUUACCCCCAGCUGGUGGAUAGCAAACCUUUGGAGACUCUCAUGCAAGGACGUGGCAUAUGCAUGGACAUUGCUGAGGUGGAAAGGAUUCAAUCAAUACAAGCAGAAACACAGGCCACUGAAGUCGAAAUUGAGAGUCCUAGUCCAGAUGGUACGGUAGGCACCCAAACAGGCCCCAUCGUCCGUUUUCCGCCUGUACCUGGGCACACCAUAACAGACAGGCUGUUCGAUACACGGAACUCAGCUGAUGCGCAGAUGGGAAUGAGAGCCCGGAACUACAAACAGAAACAAAGAGAGCAACUGGGUCCGUGUCAGGAAGAGAUGCAACGAGCGAUCGACAGGAUUACCCUGGCACAACAGCGUAAUAAUGAGGAUCUUUACAGGUUUCACAUUCCCAACUGUGAUAAGAUAGGAUUCUACAACCUCAAGCAGUGCGAGUCGUCGUUGGAUGGGCUACGUGGAAUAUGUUGGUGUGUUCACCGCAGGAAUGGAAAGAAAAUCCCAGGCACUUCAGAAGUGAGAGGUGAUCCUCAGUGUCACCGGCACGACGGGCAUGUUUCAGCAUCGGCAGAGCAAAAUAACUGAAGCUCUACAGAAACUGAUGAGAUGUUAACAUCUUUGCUUUUCUUUCACACAUUACACCACAGCAUUUGAAGGUGAUAUCUGGAAGGUUACAGUUAUCUUUCAUAAGUAUAAGCUAUUUAUUUCCUGCUGUUUUUUUGUAGUUUUAAGAUUGCAUUUAAGGAAAUAUCGCAUUUAAGAUGACGUGUACAUGAAUUUUCAGGUGAAAUAAUCUACUGUAGCCACUUACAUAUGCAGUUCAGUAAUAAGUAACAUGCAUGAAAAUAUUCCUGCUGUGAAUGAUGCAUGAUUAAAUUUAUCUCAGAAAAGCAAUAACAUUUAGCUGUCACUGGGAACACUGCAAGCCAGUAUGUAUUAAUCAAUGUUGAUAAUGUUUAAUUAUUGUAAUAUUGGAACCCAAGGAAGGAAAAUAAAAUAAAGGUUUUGAGUUCUGAGCAACAA